CCUCUUCUUCUUCUUCUUCUUCUUAUCCUUCUGUAACUUUUCUCUUUCCUCCAUCAUCAUUAUUCCAAUGGCUUCCAAAAGCUCAACAACAACAAUAAUGGAUCUAGGGUUUGUACUGUGUUUUCUCCUUCUUUUGGCUGGUUUUGGAGGCUCGGACUUGGCUCAAGACAGAGCAGAAUGUGCUGAUAAACUGGUAGGUUUAUCAGGCUGUCUUAGUUAUGUUAGUGGUGAAGCCAAAGCUCCUACCAUAGAUUGCUGUAAUGGCUUCAAAGAUGUGCUUGAGAAGAGCAAGAAGUGUAUCUGUCUUCUCAUCAAAGAUCGCAACGAUCCUAAUCUUGGCCUUAAGAUCAAUGCCACUCUAGCUGUGAAGCUUCCUUCCCUUUGUCAUGCCCCGGCUAACAUCACCGAGUGCGUCAAUCUCUUGCAUUUGCCUCCAAAUUCUAAAGAAGCUAAAGAGUUUGAAGAUUUAGCAAAAAUGGCUGGAAAAGACGGUUCCACCCCUUCAGCUUCUACUGCUAGUAAUUCCACUGCUGGCACUGCCUCAAGCACCAAUGAAAGAAAUGGUGGUGGGUGGGAUAGAAGAUGGACGGUGGCAACGGUGGCUUUCUGGAUAUCACCUUUACUUUUCAUAAUCCACAUGUUGUUCUUUCUCAUUUGAAAGAAUUAGAAUCCUUUGAAGUUGGAGAUAUAUGAACUCGAUGAACUUUGGCCAACUAAAUAGAAUUAAAAAAAAAAAAGAAUAAAGGUUUGGUUCAAUGAUUUUA